AUGAUGGAGAGAGGUGGAGGAGGGUGGCUAUCAACUUUAGAGAUGGGAUGCAAGGGAUUUGUGGAUCUUUCUCACUCGCUGCUCCGGCGAUCCUUCUUCACCAUCUACGAAUCAAGAUCGGAGUUAUUUGGUGGUUUAGUGAGAAUUGAGAUGGCGGAUAACAAUGGGAAUUCCAAUGCAUCUGCUGAAAACCAAAACCACAACUCUAAUGAAUCUAUAAACCCUACAACAAACCAGAACGAUGCAUCCAUCGAUGCAAUAGCACAAAAGGUUCAGGAGUCUCUGACUCUUUCCAAGCGGCAUAAGUUUUGGGAAACUCAACCAGUCGGACAGUUCAAAGACGUUGGAAACUCAACCCUACCAGAAGGCGCAAUUGAGCCUCCAACACCAUUAUCAGAAGUUAAACAAGAACCCUAUAAUCUCCCAGUUACCCGUUUGCUUAGGGAGUAUUUGAAGCAAUUCAUAGUUGCUCCUGACUUUGAUGAAAAUGAUGUGGAACAUUGGUUGCUUCCUAAAGAGGAUGUAGUGGAUAGUUUUUUGGUGGAAAGCAGUGAGACACGUGAUGUGACUGAUUUCUGUAGUUUUUAUACACUUCCUUCAACGAUUCUUGGAAACCAGAAUUACUCGACUUUGAAAGCUGCGUAUUCAUACUACAAUGUGUCUACUAAAACUCCAAUGCUUCAGUUGAUGAAUGAUGCUCUUAUUGUGGCUAAGAAGAAGGGUUAUGAUGUUUUUAAUGCUUUAGAUGUUAUGGAAAAUGAAGGUAUUUUGAAGGAGCUGAAGUUUGGACCUGGUGAUGGGCAAUUGCACUAUUAUCUGUACAAUUAUCGGUUAAAUCAACCACUGAGACCUUCAGAACUUGGGCUUGUUCUCUUGUAG